AAAUAAUUAACAAAAACAGUUUUACCUUUGAGGCGGCCUGGGGAACGGAGAGGGCAUUUGCGCCAAAAAUACAUUUGGGAAUAUUAUUCAGUAGAUAAAAUAAGUAUUUCGGCUGAAAAUCAGCUAAGUCGAAAGUGAUAGCUUUUCGGAAGUUUAUCCAAAUUCAUUACUAGAAAUUUCCUAUUACAAGAGCGUCAGCAUUAAGGAUAUUGUGAGUUUCGCUCUCACAUGCAAGUGGUUGAACAAGAUAAUCAAUGACAAUGUGCUUUGGCGAAAGAAGUUUUAUCAGAGAUGGCCUUUUUUAAGAGAUGAAUAUGAUGAACUACUGUGCAAGGAAAAUAUUGAUUUUCUAGAACAAGUAAAAGCAGGUAUAAAAUCUAAGAAAGAAUUAUGGCAUUACAUUUUGCUGAUGCCCAAAAAGCGCUAUUACAAAGAUGAUUCAUUUGAUGUUGGCUUAAAGAAUUUGCAUUCACUGUUUGAUCCAGAUAAAGGCGCGCAUUUUAUGAAUUAUUAUUUCUUUGUAAAUGAGCUAAAGUUGCUUGCGCAACUUUCAAUGAAAUAUGAUAUGAAACAUGAGGUAAACAAUCUUCUUUUGUACCUGCACCUUUAUCGUUUAAAAAACAAGUGGCACAAAUUCAUGAAUUAUUGUAAAGAAAAACAAAUUUUAGAAGAAGCAGCCACUAUUUUGGCACAAUGCCAUCAAUCCCAAAAAUAUGUGUCUUACAUGAAUGUGAGAAGGUCAUUGGAUAAUAUUGCGCAGCAGGUAUUGGAGUACCUUAAAAACAAAUAUCCUGCGCAUCCAAUAUUUUCAAUAUCAGCCGAGCAGAUUCUCUUUUGGAAAUACAAUAAUAUUGAUGACAAUCAUUGGAAUAGCACAGAAGGAAGACAAAUUUUAGAGAGUCUAUGUAAAGUUUUACAAAAUAAAUUAAAUUCUUAUGUGAAUUAUAAGAUAUGUAGGUGGCCUGAGGGGCGUAAGGAAAGUUUUAUUCCAGAAAUCUUCUUUAGAGAUUACAUUUUAAAAAAUACAUAUGGUACUGGACUACCUCUAGCAAUAAUAUUUCACUGUGUGGCGAGAAGACUUGGUGUGCGCUGCGAUUUAGUAUCUUUUCCAUUCCGUUUCUUAUGCUGGAGAUCGCAAUUUCGUACCACAAAUCUUAAAGAUGAAGAAUGUUUUUAUAUUGACGUCUUGCGCUGUGGAUCCUGGCUGAGUAGUAAUGACGGUUCUAUGAUUAUAAGUGCAUCAAAAAUGCAUCCUUUAGAAUUGAGAUUAUUGCGUAAUGAGUUUGAGAAUGAGAAGAUAUUUCGUUUAGAGAUGCCUCUAAUGAGUAAGUAUUGGAAUACUAAAGGAAAAAAAACCAAAAGAACAAACAAGAAUGAAUGUACAAUUGUAAUGCAACGGCUGUCUCUGGAAUUAAUUCAUCUAAUCGAACAAAUAGAAACACAUUUAAUGACCUAGAUCGCAUUUAUGUACAGUAUCAGACGAAUUUAUCUAAUUUCAUAGUAGUAAACAUUUGUAAUCAAAUGUAAAUGUGUGUAUAACAUACACACACACACACGCGCGCGCGUGCGCGUGUGUAUAACAUACACACACACACACGCGCGCGCGCGCGCGUGCGCGCGUGAAUUUAUAAGUUCUGUUAUGUAUAAAUGGAAUAAAACGUAAAUAAAUAAUGUGCACAUUGAUGUAUAAUAUACAUGUAUAAUAGACAUCAAUGUGCACAUUACUCUGUAUUAUCGAUCCUUCGUCGACAUAGCACGGAACGAAACUAAAAAUUGUGCACAUGGCUACGUAGUUCCAAUGUCCACAUUUUAGGUCCACAAGUGGCGUAUCGCUUUGACGGAUCACGUAAAACGGCCGUGGCGUCUCUCAGGCUUCUCUCUGGUUUUGAUUGGUUAUAUUGGGUGCAUCCAGUACCGCAAUCGCUCAGUGAGCGCUCAAUAGCCGCUAACUACGCUCUCUAGAUUUGUGUACUGUAUGCAAGCGCUCCUUAAGUCGCUCAUCGUGAGCGGUCGCCAUAUUUGAGAGCGUAAUUUUAUGUCGCUCACUAUCGCUCACUCGGCUCACUGCUUAUUAUUCCCGCUUCGCCUUGUCAAUAAAAGAAAAAAAUGGCUUUCAUAGAAAGUCAAUAUCUUAUUGAGGGUGUUAUCUACAAUAUAGUAGAGACAGCUGAUAUACAUGAAAAGUUACGAAAGA